AGUUACUUGCUGCUUACUUUUCUUAAGCCCUGCAGGCAGUGAAGGGCUAUCUGGCCAGUUCCUGUUUUCACUGGACACCUGCAGUCAACCUCUUAUGCACUCCAGCACCCCCAUCAGCUCUCUCUUCUCGUUCACCAGCCCAGCAGUGAAGAGACUGCUAGGCUGGAAGCAAGGCGAUGAAGAGGAAAAGUGGGCAGAGAAGGCAGUAGACUCUUUAGUGAAGAAGCUAAAGAAGAAGAAAGGAGCCAUGGAUGAGCUGGAGAGGGCUCUGAGCUGUCCAGGGCAGCCCAGCAAAUGUGUGACGAUUCCUCGAUCCUUGGACGGGCGGCUGCAGGUGUCCCAUCGCAAGGGGUUGCCUCACGUUAUUUAUUGCCGAGUGUGGCGAUGGCCUGAUCUGCAAUCUCACCAUGAGCUGAAGCCCCUGGAAUGCUGUGAGUUCCCAUUUGGCUCCAAGCAGAAAGAGGUGUGCAUUAACCCCUAUCACUACUGCCGUGUGGAGACAUCAGUGCUGCCGCCUGUAUUGGUGCCGAGACACAGUGAAUAUAACCCCCAGCUGAGCCUUCUGGCCAAGUUCUGCAGCGCCUCCCUCCACAGUGAGCCACUCUUGCCGCACAACGCCACCUAUCCUGACUCUUUCCAGCAGCCUCCAUGCUCUGCAUUCCCUCCCUCGUCAGGGCAAGCAUUCUCACAGUCCCUGUGCACAGCCAGCCACUCUCACUCCCCAGGAAGCCCUUCAGAGCCAGAAAGCCCCUAUCAACACUCAGACUUUCGGCCAGUUUGCUAUGAGGAGCCCCAGCACUGGUGCUCAGUUGCCUACUAUGAACUGAACCACCGAAUUGGUGAGACGUUCCAGGCUUCCUCCCGAAGUGUACUUAUAGAUGGAUUCACAGACCCUUCAAAUAACAGGAACAGAUUCUGUCUUGGACUUCUUUCUAAUGUAAACAGAAACUCAACAAUAGAAAAUACCAGGAGACACAUAGGAAAGGGUGUGCAUUUAUAUUACGUCGGGGGAGAGGUCUAUGCUGAGUGUGUGAGCGACAGCAGCAUCUUUGUCCAGAGUCGAAACUGCAACUAUCAGCACGGUUUCCACCCAGCCUCUGUCUGCAAGAUCCCCAGUGGUUGUAGCCUCAAGAUCUUCAACAACCAGCUCUUUGCUCAGCUGCUUGCUCAGUCAGUUCACCAUGGAUUUGAAGUCGUCUAUGAGUUAACUAAGAUGUGCACUAUCCGGAUGAGUUUCGUUAAGGGUUGGGGAGCUGAGUACCAUCGCCAGGAUGUCACGAGCACCCCCUGCUGGAUUGAGAUUCAUCUUCACGGGCCACUGCAGUGGUUGGACAAAGUUCUGACUCAAAUGGGCUCUCCACAUAGCCCGAUUUCUUCCGUGUCUUAA